AUUAUACUCAGCAGUCACCACCCACUUCACAGGAAGUCUCCAGCCCACGGCUCUGGAAGGGAAAAUGCCAAGCUGAUGUACUCUGACUGAACAGAGGUGUUCCAGCUUUUUGUACGUUUAAUUACUAUGGAAGACGUACUCUCACCAUUACGGUGUUUCGGUGAAUACCAUAAUUCCGAAUCAUUCAAGGACGACAACGUGAAGACGGUGACAUCGGUGGAACAGAAAAAAGUUGAAGACUCUAUUCAAGAAGUACUCAGUGCUUACCAACAGAAUCACAAAUUACCACAGCCUGCACUGCUGAGAGAACAGCACUAUGUGUAUCUGAAGAGAGGCUUACGUUAUCUUUCAGAUUCGUAUGAGUGUUUGGACGCCAGCCGCCCCUGGCUCUGCUAUUGGAUCCUACACAGCCUGGAGCUGCUGGACGAGCCUGUGCCCGCCUCCAUAUCCUCAGAUGUCUGCACAUUUCUGGCCCGGUGUCAAAGCCCAACGGGUGGCUUUGCUGGAGGCCCUGGUCAGCAGGCCCACUUAGCUCCAACCUAUGCCGCUGUCAGUGCCCUCUGCAUCAUUGGCACAGAGGAGGCAUACAAUGUCAUCGACAGACAGAAGCUCCUUGACUUCCUGUACUCUGUGAAGCAGCCAGACGGCUCCUUCCUGAUGCACGUGGGCGGGGAGGUGGAUGUCAGGAGCGUGUACUGCGCUGCCUCCGUGGCGUCUCUGACACACAUCAUCUCGCCCACGCUCUUCGAAGAGACCCCCGGCUGGAUAGCCAGAUGUCAGAACUGGGAGGGGGGUCUGGGAGGUGUGCCGGGACUGGAGGCUCAUGGGGGCUACACCUUCUGCGGGAUGGCGGCCAUGGUCAUCCUGGGGAAGGAGCACAUGCUGAACCUUAAAUCCUUGUUACGAUGGGUGGUCUGCAGGCAGAUGCGGUUUGAAGGCGGGUUCCAGGGGCGCUGCAAUAAGCUGGUGGAUGGCUGCUACUCCUUCUGGCAGGCCGGCCUGCUCCCUCUGCUGCACCGCGCGCUUUACACCGAAGGGGACUCCACCCUGAGCCAGAGGAGCUGGAUGUUCGAGCAGCAGGCCCUUCAGGAGUACAUCCUACUCUGCUGUCAGAACCCAGCAGGGGGCCUGCUGGACAAGCCUGGCAAAUCCAGAGACUUCUAUCACACCUGUUACUGCCUGAGCGGCCUGGCCAUAGCGCAGCAUUUUGGAAGCAGGGAUCUCCACCAUGAGCUCAUCCUGGGCAAAGAUGAGAACAGACUGGUGCCGACUCACCCAGUGUACAACAUUUGUCCAGAGAAGGUGGCCCAAGCUCUUAAACAUUUCCACCAGCUGUCUGUUCCAGUGCAGAGGGAGCCGGCCACUGGCACUCUUAAUCUGCCGUAGUCUCCAGAAGAGAAGUGCUUCUAACCUGACUGCUACAACCACUGCAAGCAGAACAUUGCGCCCCCUGAAGGCAUGGAGUAGAAAACCCUGCUUCUUUGCAUUUUCAACCCAAACGGGAUGUCUGCACUCAAUGACUCUGUCUGUAGCACACCAGAUUGCAAAAAAAAAAAAAAAGGAUGUCUACAGUGGCAAGGUCUAUUUUC